AAGACUGACACAGGCAGAGGAGGAGCUGAAUCCUGUUAGCCUCGAUCUGGAAGUGCUUCCAGAGGUUUGGGAGAGUUUUGCAGGUCAGUUUUUGGAGGCGUCGACAUUUAACUCUAGUCACAAACCAAAAAAGGGAAUAUAUAUUAAGAAGCUUGUUGGUGCAUGCACGUGUAUUCUCACACCGGUGGAUCAUGCAAAGCUGAAAACUUAUGGCAGAUGGACUUGGAUCCCACCUGUUCCUGUCUAAUCAUUAACACCCAGGUCAACACGGAAACAAAGGAGACGGUCUGCAGAAGCGACCCCACAUAUUCUCAUCCUGCAUCAAAGAAAUCAGAGAGUGGAGUGCAGCAGUGCUCUGCAUGAGGAAUGGGAAGAGGCAACUGCAGCUGGAUUGGGCCUGAGAUCCCUUUGUCAUCACAGAUUUUCCGUGCCAUCAGAGAUGAGCUGUGGCUCUUCCUCAUCCCGGCUGGUCUCUCUCUCAUCUUACUGGGGGUGUUCCUGGAGGAGGUGGGCUUCAUCUUGCGCCAUGUGGUCUCCUCUCGACGAAAACGCCUUUAUCUCUGGAUCUUAGGAAUGUACCCGGCCUUUGCCUUGACGUCCCUCAUAUCCCUGUACGUUCCACGCUCCUCUUCACUCUGCAAUUUUAUUGCAUCAUUGUAUCACUCCAUCACUCUGCUGAAAUUCAUGGGACUCAUUACAGACUUUUUUGGAGGAAAGGCCUUUAUGCUGGCUGCUCUGUCUGGAAAGAAAGUAUCUCCAGAUCCCUUCCCCUGCUGCUGCUGCUGCUGCUGUCUUCCAAUGGUGGCCAUUAACAGAAGCAGUCGUGGAUGGAUGAUGGUUGCUGUGCUGCAGCUCUCGGUGGUCCGCAGCUUCCUGUUCUUCAUCACCUUGGUAUUGUGGACAGAUGAGCAAUACGAUUAUGGAGAUGUGGAUUCGGUCAAUCCAAACCUGUAUGUGAAUGCCAUUAUCUGUGUAUCAACCUUUGUGUCCUUCUAUGGGCACCUUCUGUUUUACAAAGCCACCAAGAGUGCUCUGCAUGGCUAUGGACUGAGAGCCAAGUUCAUCUGCAUCAUCGUUGUGUUGGUGUUGUGUGGGCUGCAGAGCGGCAUCCUAGAGACCUUAGGCGCUUUGGAGGUCAUUCCCUGCACUCCACCAUUCUCUGUCCUGACCAGGUCCCAAAUGAUCUACCACUACAGCGUGAUUGUGGAGAUGUUCUGCAUUGGGCUGUAUGCCCGCCACACUUUCCGCAAGGUGGAGCCAAGUGAGGAGAAGGAAACGGAUGCUUCUUUGAACAUCAGGAAGAUGGAGAAGGCUGUUCAAACAGACCCUUCUCAGAGCAUUCGACAUGAGUCCCGCCUGGCGUCAGAGAAAGCUCGGCCUGGACUCUUAUUUGGGAGCGCCACCAAUGGGGGUUACAGCAGCGACAGUGAGGACAGCCUGUGCAGGAUAGAGCAUGCGCCUCUGGAGGAUUUCCACUUUCCUCAGACUAAAGGGCAGCACCCAAUCAGACUGGAACCUUUAGAGCAAAGACCUGGAGAUCAGUCUGGCAUAAAUUUAAACCACUUUACAGUAAGGGCUGACAUAAAUUAUCAUGACUCUGAGGAUGUCACUGUGGUUUGACCAGCAGACAGGACAUUGAGAACAUUUUCACUUCAGCAUCAAUCUGAAAUCUAUAUCAAUUUUAUUUGUUUUCUUCACGCUGGGUGUGUGAGGAUUCAUGUUUAAGGAGAUUUUUUUUCUUUUGUAAAUGUGAAAGGUGCCUGUUUUUCAAUUGGUUUUCAAGUCUGAAAGAUGUUUUUACUCUGUAAAGCACUUUGUGUUGAUGAGGUAAAAACAAUGCCUUAUAAAUAAAGUUUGAU